CACAUCUAUUUAUACCUUCUCUUUUUUUUUUCUCUUCUUUUUUUUUUCCCCCCGCGUGGCUGAUAUCGGAAGAGUGAUGUGAAUACAAUACGAUUCCAGGAAUCCCUCACUUCCUGGAACAGAUUAAAAGGAGCAAACAAAAGAUUACUUAGUAGGGCUUUUUUUUUUCGCGGAGCUUCAUUACUUCUGGAGUCGGUGAAAAAGCCGGUUGCUGCUCUCCCGGCUCUCUUCCCCUAAGCAUUCGGGGAGAUAUUAUUUAUUGGUAUCUAUUUAUUACUAUUUCAGAGUGCUCUGAAUAUUUUUUCUAAAAGAUUGCUCUGUAGGAAGAUCAGUUCCUCUUUAAAUAUAUGUAAUUUCCCUUUUCUCUGGUUAUUUUUAAAACUUUUUUUGUUGUCCUUUUCUGAAAAGCAGAACAAGAAUACAUUAUUUUCUAAAGCACUGAGAGUGCACACAUUUUCCUGGCCAAAGUUGCUAAACAAUCUGCAAAAUCUUUCUCGGGCAGCCUGAUUCGCCUUCUGCUUGGCUGCUUCUGUGUCUGAAACACAACCUACUGCGGAAGGGGUUUGCUGGGACUCUCCAGCCUUCUCUUAGCAUGAACCCCUAACUAGAAGCUGGAACUAGCUUGCUCCUUUUGGGAAGCAAAGAAAAGGAGACGAGAAGAGAAAAAGAGAAGAGGAGAAAGCAUUUCCCACCUUCUUGAAGACUUAAUGCUUUUCCCUUGGUCCAGGAGUGACAUGAUCCUCUGUGUUCAGGGACCUCAUCCUUUGCUGGCGGAGGAAAAGAUCAGGAGGCUGUCACUCAGGGGCAUUGCGGUGGAAUUGUCAGAGCCGAUCAUGCAGCCUCUCCCAGUUAUGGCCUUCCAGGAGGAGUCCGCACCUGCCUUUGCAGCACCAGUUCCAGACAGCAACCCACCUCAGACACGAGACCCUGAAGAAGACCUUCUCUGCAUUGCAAAAACCUUCUCCUAUCUGCGAGAAUCUGGUUGGUACUGGGGAUCUAUCACUGCCAGUGAGGCCAAGCAGCAUCUCCAAAAGAUGCCUGAGGGCACCUUCCUGGUACGGGACAGCACCCACCCCAGCUACCUGUUCACACUCUCUGUCAAGACAAAUCGAGGUCCCACCAACGUGCGCAUCGAAUACACUGACAGCAAGUUCCGGCUAGACUCAAACUACUUGUCCAAACCUCGCAUCCUGGCCUUCCCAGAUGUGGUCAGUCUUAUCCAGCAUUAUGUCAUGUCCUGCACAAUGGAAAGCAAGAAUGAGGCUCCUUACCCGCCUCCGUCUCCUCUACCUCCCAUGCAAAAAGAGAUGGCAGCAGCUGCAGUACACUUGAAACUCAUCCGGCCGCUCAGCCGCAAAGACAACAUCCCCAGUCUGCAGCACCUGUGCCGGCUACGGAUUAACAAGUCUACAGCCAACGUGGACCAGCUCCCUCUACCUAGGCGGAUGGGGGACUAUUUGAAGCAAUACCCUUUCCAACUCUGAAGCAUGGCCAUUAUAUCUCAGGCAUGACAGACAGGGACAGAAAUAAGAGAACUUUGUGUCUUUGUCCCGCUAAAGCGCGGCAUCAGGUGGGCACAGUAAAGACCUGAUUAUCAGCAGAGACUGCAUCCGUCUUUCCUCUCCCCUUCUCUCUAAAUCCAUUCCAGCGCCAGGGAGGAGCUGGUUGUUUCAGUGAACAACGGGACACAAUCUGAGCUCUGAACCUCAGGCUGCGCCAAUAGUGGCUGUGAGAAGUGCUGUAGGCAUGUGCACACUACUUGAAUUUCAGAGUUGCUGUGACACCAGAAAUGUUAACAUUGUUAUUUUCGCUAUUUAUUUCCAUGGCAGUUUCUCUCCUCAUGGUAUUUUAAAAGCACCUUUUACUUUAUUGUUUUUUGUUUCUUUUUCUUUUGUGGAAUUAGAGAUAGAAUGAAGGCUCCCAGCCAACUGGCAGCCAAAAAUCUGUGGGAAUUUGGAUUUGGAUUCACAUCCAAAUAGUACCUGUUUGAGCCUGUCCCUGUAACAGGUCACAGGACUCCACAUCCAAGCUCCCCCAGACUUCUGGGGUAUGUGGGACUCGGAUGACUGUAUCUAGGCCCACCUCUACAGAGGUAAAGAAUAUUUUUUUUUCUUCCUUAGCUACAGGGGGCUGGGUAUCAUAACCUCAAAGCACAUCAUUGGUAGCAGCUUGUGUAUCUCCCAGAGAUGCAUGCUGCAUCAUAGGUUGUGGACAGGAGACUUCUUUGAGGAAGCCCUUCUUCCUUCAGAGCUCUAAGCAGAGAUUCUGGAUAUUGAGCUUGGGCCAGGGAGCACUCAUCCCAUUUUUUUUCAUCUUCCCCAUCUCCAAAGGAAGUUUGUGACAAAACAUUUAGAAACAAGUAAUCAGAAACCCAACUUUCUUAUUUGCAGGCAGAGGGAUUUGGUUUCAGAGCACUCUGCAUUUGGCUUGCGUUUUGAAAGUGCUGUUCCCUGACGUUGCCCUUGCCUUGCGAGACGUGGGGCAAGAAUGGGGUCUCCUUGACCAGGGGUUCAGAGACAGCUCUGCUGAGCUGCACCAGACACACACAGCUUCAGGAUAUUUAUUUAUUUAUUUAUUUCUGGGGGGUAACAAGUUAGAAGCACCUCAGUAGAAAGAGCUGUCCUUCCUCUCUGCUAACACAAUGCCAAACUGCCAGUUGCUCUGCUUCUGCCAGCAUUAUUCACAAGCCACGUGGCUUCAGUCAGAGCUAGGCUCUAGCACACACUGGAAACCACAACUCAACUUUUCUGUUUGCCAAGAUCCAGACCUCUCUUCUCCCUUUCUCCAACUUGCAUGUUUGUUAUCCUUUAUUAGAUUUUUUGCUCUGGAUUUACUUCUCGCACCCCAUCCCUUUCACGCCCCUGCAAAUGAAGCACAAUGGCUCUUCCCUGCUCUUUUGCAGAUAGGAGGGAUAAACAGCAGAUGGGAUCUGCCCAACAACAAGCAUAGACAAAGAAGUUGCCCCUUCCUCUUCAUUCGCGUGAUCCCAUCACCUUCCCAGCCUGUAGGAGCCAGUCCAUGCCACCGAGUGAGAGUAGAGAUGGGAACAGACAGGUCUAGAGAAAUUAUCUUUUGGCUUCUUUUGCCCCUAAGACCCCAUAACUUGAUCAAGCAUGAACCAAUGUUAAGGAUUCCGUGUUCAUCCCUCCCUAGGACUGUCUCUCUAAAGGCUCUAUAAAUCAGAAGAGACAAAUCCCAGCUAUACCUGAGGGUUGAGAGAGGAGGUGGAAAAGGAUGAGAUGGUGACCCAGGAGACAAGCUCAAAAAAUGGGUGGAUUUUCUUCCACCCUAACGUAAAGCUGCCCAAAGGGACAAGAUGGCCUGAUGUGCUUAGUCAGUGUCCUUCUUUCUUUUUUUCCUCCACAUUUAUACAAGUUUGUGCUCUUGCAAGCUUUGUUUUUGAUACUUUGAUGAUUGACAGCGUGCAUGUGUGAUGUCAAGUUUGCUUUUUAUUAUAUCCUUCCCCCCUACCCCAUACGGCAGCAACCGUGGGAAGGUACUGAAUGAGAAUGAAAACUUAGAAGGCAAAACAAAAAAGAAAACUUUUUUUUUUUUUUUUAAAUAAUAUAAACCAUAAACCACUGAAAAGGCUUCCUUUUAUCCAAACACUUCUAUCUGCCUGAGGACACUGGGAACAAGGAAACCACAGCUCUUCAAGGAGCAGCAGUGAUCUCAGGAAGCCCACAUGGCUCGGCCACAGGCUUGGUAUCUACAGCAUGUGAAAAAUCAGUUUGAGAAAUGUACAGUGGGAAAGGGCAAGUUGUUCAGCUCUCUGAAACUUGCCUCCUACUUGAUGUUUUCUCUGUUGGGGGUAAUGAGGAAAUCAGGUUUGCAGGUUUGACCUCAUUGCCCCAAGAGAGCCCAGCUAAAAUGGCAGAAGCAUGUAAUGAGAAUGAAUGCCUGGUUAAUCCCCCAGCAGGACGAUGCAGAGGCUAAGCUGAAAGCUGUAAGCUCAUAUGGGCAGGGACCAUCUCUGUUAUAUGUUUGUUCCGCAUUUAGCACAAUAGGGUUCUCUAGGUGCUACUGCAAUACAAAGAAUAAACAAUACAGUUACUCCAAAAAGUCAGUUUCUUCUAUCUUGAGACAGUUUGUUAAAAAUCAUUUGACUUGGAUUUUAAAUAAACAUUUUAAAUAUAAUUUAAAGCCA